AUGCAGGAAUUUUCUUGUGGUUUUAGACUAAAUAUAGUUCUAACCCAUUCUAUUCAUACCAGCUCUAGACUUUUCAACUAUGAUGACAUUGUUGGCAACAUUGGGGAUAUCAAUCCUGAAUCUGCCAAUAAGGGCAAAACUACUUCUGCAAAUAACACUACUAAGUCAUCUAAGCGUGUUAGGGUUACCCGUUCAGAACCAAACCCUGAAGUCAGCAAUUUGGCCCAUUCUGCUCGUCCUACCCCUAUUGCUCAGAUUCCUGCUAAUAUAACUAUUAGCACCGCUCUAGACCAGGCUACAAUGUUAUUGAAAACAGUUCAAGAAAAAGUCAUCGAAGAGAAUCAAAAGAUAGCCAUACUAUUUGAAGAAAAGAGAUUGAUGGCGGGAGAUAUCAAGGCUCUAAAAACUGAAUUGUCAAAAGUCAAGCAAAACUAUGCUGAUGCGAUGGCGAAUCGUGACUACUAUGCGGGAAGGUCAAAGAAGCUCUGGAUCUUUAGACUCAGGUAUAUAAGGACACUGCUUCUCGUGUUGUUCUCCAAGCCAAGAUCACAAUGGCUGCCGAAGCGGAGAAAGAAGGUUUCCAAAGUGAGAAAUGGAAAGUGGCAGAAUGGAAGGAUAAGGUAGAAUGGUUGGAUAAGAAUUCCAAUUCGCCUAAAUCUAAAGGUGAAGAAUCUAACAAAGCCACAGUUUCAACCAAAGGAGAUAAUCAGACCAAGCCAGUAGAAGUUUCUGAAGACGAAGAGGAGGAAGUUGCUAAAGAGCAGGAUGUGGAGCAGAUUGAGGAACAGAUGGGUGAAGCUUAAUCUCAUGCUUUUAUUUUUCUAUGCUAUGAACAAUAUGUUAGUUUUCGUAGGCAAGUGGUUUGUACUUUUAAAACAAUUAUAAUGGGGGCUAACUAACCCGGAGUGGUUAGUUUUGGUGGUGUAAAAAAUGGUUUAUGUUGGCCAUUUCAAACUUAUGCUAUAAUAGCUUUUUUAUUUUCUUAAUCCUAGUUAACUGUCCCCAAUAA